UGGGCGCCAGGCCCUGAGCUGGAUUGCGAGAAACCCUCAGGAGUGCGUUUUCAGGGUCCGUAGCCAUUUUGGCUCAAGCUGCACGCGCAUUCGCAGCAUAUCAGCUUAAAGAAAUUUGAGUUCUUAUAGAUGAACGGUGCUGCGAAUGCGCCUCGGUUCGUGAUCGUCUUGUUUCUCAUCGCUCCAUUCUCGGAUGCCAGCUCACAGCCCAGCAGAUCGACCGUGAUGCGUCGUGACGUGUCCGUCCGUGUUCAUUGGUCCACAAGGCUCGCCUACAUUUUCCACAGUGGUGGAUGGCGACAUCGACAGCAGCUCAUCCACUCCUUCGCCAGUGCCUCCCAACGUGGAGGUGAAGCAGGGAGCGGCGAUAGAAACAACGCUUCCAGAUGAAAGCGCAAUGCGCAGCGACAUCCUCAUCGACGUGCCCCAGGUGGCCACAGAACGCAUGGGGGCGCCGCUCUUCCAGUCCACGCCCACGAUGGUUAGAUUGCAAAAUAACGCAGCUUGCAAGGCCAAUUACAGAUCUAAGUCAGGGAUUAGUUUAAAGACUUGCCUGGAGAAUUGUAUUGGGGACACGAAGUGCAUGUUUGCAACAUUCCAUCGGAACCGCAAGAAACCUCCAGGUAGUUGUUUGUUCUCCAGUAGUUGUUCUUCCUGGGUUUGGCGAGCAGGAUUAAUAAGUAUCUGGAAGAAGUCAGGUCAAGAGAGGUCGGUGACCCCGGCUCCGACCCCGGCUGCUCCACUUAAGAUGGCCAAAGCGAGCUUAUCCAAAGCAAGAGCGGCUAGCAAUUUGGCAUCAGCUGCCAAGAGAGCUGCCGAUGAGUCGUUGAAGGAGCAGGCCAAGACUCUGAAGCGCGCCGAAUCUGCGCAGAAGCUCGCAAUGGAGGCCCAUGAGAUGGCGAAGGCAGCAGGGCGUGGGUCGCGAAAGGCUCUCACGGGCGCACGGUAAGCGAAUGAUGAGGCUGGUGAAGCGUUGAAGGAGGCUCAGCAAGCAGAUGACAACGCAGAAAAGUUAGGACAUUUGGUCAAGGCGCAGAACCGCACCAUGCAUUCCCUGAAUCACACCGUUGUUUCUUUGAACCUGACCAUGCAAAAGGUAUCCGCCAUGCAGGUAGUGGACGAAUCACUGCUCAGCGCUACAAAUCGCACCGCAGAGCACUUGGGCAAAGUGCUUGACACCCAGAAGAAGACAUUGACCACGUUGGGGCACAUGCAGGAGGUGGACCACCACACCAUGAAUGCAGUGAACAGCACCAUCCAGGCCAUCCAGCUAGAGCAGGACAAAACGAAGAAGGACACCGAGAAUCUGAAAGAUGAGCAAACGACCCAGAAGAUUGUCAGCUAUACGGCCAUGGCGAUUGCACUUCUGUAUUGGACUGGUCAGAAGGCCGCAGGCUACGUCGCUUCCCGCGCGGCGGCCAAAGCUAAGGACAUGGCGUUUGCUUCGGUGCGGGCGCGAGCGAUCAUUCAGUUGACAGUUCGAGGCAACGACGGGUCUGCACUGUUUGGGCCUGAGGACCUCAGCGGCGGCACUCAGCUUCUGGAGGUGGUCGAGCGCAUGCCACCACCGCCCGAGGGUGAGAGAUGGGAGUUCGUGAGCUCAAACAUCAGCCUGUCGUACGAGACGCACGUCUACGAGAUCGGCGAUGGUACCGAGUUCACGCUAAUGGCCGUAUCAGUCUCUGUUGGCGACGUGCCUGCCGAUGCGUGGCCGCAUGAUGCCUACCAUUAGCCGUCGGCCACCAAACUCCUCAGCAGGUGUCAAGAGUUGAGAACAGAGCCGUCCAUUCGUCCUUGCAUGGCGAUCACCGAUGAUGUUGCUCAGCCAUCUGAGUCUGUUUGAGAACGUUCUGCGAGGAGCCAUCGAUGAGGCUGCGGGGGGAGCGAAGGGCACAGAGGGCCCAGCCAUGUCAUCAUCCUCCUGCUUCCUCCCUGUGCCCGUGAGCGCGGAAGGGACGGCGCAGCUUGAAGGGUGCGGGUGCAGACAAUUCAGUGCCUAGGCCUCCGGCUGGGGCGUCGCCUCAGAGCGCGACGAGGCGGUACGCGCGGGCUGUCUGCGACGCACCCGGCCUCUGGCUGCGAGAGCAGACAUGGGCCCGAAGAUGAGGCAGAGCAAGCCAGUGUGGGAAGAAAGGGUGGCAGGGGAGUCAUGGAGGGGGGGAGGACCCUGCAGAAUAGCGCCGCCUGAUCUGAAAAUGCUGCCGGCAGGGUCAGCUCUCAGAGGCCGUCCCUCCGCAGAGGCCAGCUCGCGUUGAAGCCGACCGGACGAAGAUCUCUUUGUGAGGUCC